CAGCUCACAGCUGCGAGCGACUCAUUGUCAUAAAGUCAAUAACGCUUUCAGUUUCAGCGAGCAUAAAGAUAAGAUUAAAAUAGCUUAUUCAGUUCUGGAGUAUAAAGAUUAAUGCCACUUUUAAUAUCACUACUUGUUAGUGUGAAAUUUCGAGUGUAUUAGCUGAAGAGGGAACCUUGAUAUCUUGCUGAAUCUUGAAGUUAAAGAUAUUUUAUUUACAUUCGUUGGCAUUAAUAAUAUCGUUGUUUGUAUAAAUUCGCCAUGGACGCGUUUAAAUCAAGUUUUUUUGCGGGUGCUAUUUUUCUCUGUUGCUGUGGAGUAUUUCAGAAUGGUCUAGCAUAUGGUCCUAUUUUUGGGCUCUGCGAUGUAGGUGAUGUGAUAACGGCGAGAAAUGGUUCUCUGGUUCUCAGCCAAGGUACCGACUGUACAAGGAUUAUUCUGGCUCCACUCGGUUGGCGAGUCAGGUUUACAAUUCAUGAAAUAGCACUUCACGAUGCUGAAACACGCAUACAUGACGGUGGCACGAGGGUUGGAACUCUUGCAAAUAAUAUUGGUAUAGGAUCGUCUUUUAGUAUUGCUUUGGUAUUUUACACCUCAAGCAAUGCAUUACUGGUACACACUGGUAGAAUCUCCAGUUCCGUGCGCAACAAAUUUAAUGCCACGUUUAAAAUGUACCCUCAUCCCAAGGAAAAAUGCACUUGUCCGCCAACAGUUAAUACACAGCAAACAGUUUGCUCAUUUCCAUUUCCCGAUAAUUCUGGCAAGUUCUACUCCAAUGCAGAUGACUUGCGCAAAGAAUGUACAACAUUCUGUAAAAGCAAGCAUGAAAUUGUGGAAGUGAAGGCAAAAUUUCUGGGUCUUACAAGCACUAGUACGAGCACUCUGGGCAUGGUCUGUCACUUACAUCUUGUGAAACCAACUUCAAGUUGGUCUGACAAUGGGAAAGAACAAUUACAGUUCAACCCAAAUCUUGUUUCAUGUACCAAACUCAUACCUGCCACUCAAAUUCUCUCCACUUACUCUUUCAUCUAUGUGAACAUAACUUGUGAUAAACUUGAUGUACAAUCAAUUGAACAUGCUGUGCACAAUUUUCUGGUGCAAAAUAGAAGUGCCUCAUAUAUUGGUGAAUGUUAUAAGGAUACAACCGGUAACUGCACUGUGACACCCGUCUUAGCAUUAUGCUCUGUGGAUACCAAAAACACAAAGAAUUCAUUGGUUGUAUUGGAAAUACGAGACAAUGUUAACCUAGGGAGUAAUGAAACAGCUACAAGAGAACAGUUUGGUAUUCUGUAUAAUAGUGCCUUACUAAAUCUUAAAGCUAAAGUCCAAAGAUAUGUGACUGAAGAUUUGAGUGUAAAUAAUACCAAAGCAAUCAAUUCUGAACUUCAUAACUUCUAUGAAACAUCCUCAACUUGUCCUGCUAAUCUUGCAACUACUGAUCAUGAUAUCAAUGUUUCCCCAAAAAAGUCUUGUAUUAUGUGUCCAUUGCACACCUUCAAGCUUUAUAACUCUCGCCUUCGUGACUCUAUAUGCCAACAAUGCCAAUCAAACCAACGCCGUUUGUAUAACGAGUCAAGUUGUGUGAAUGGCUCGCAAGACUACCCUGAACCUUCAAAUUUGAACUGCCAACAUAAAUGUGCCCUUGGAAAAUUCUUCAACAACGACUCUGGUAUUUGUGAUUGGUGCGAUUUUGGGUACUUCCAAAAUUCCACAACUAAUCUUAACCCAGUUUGUCAUCGCUGCCCACCUGGGAACACAACAAGUUUUGUUGGGGCAAGACAUAUUACAGAUUGUAUGCAAAAAUGUGAUAAAGGACAGUUUGCAAAGCAUCCCUUGUGUCUUGAUUGUGCUAUUGGAUAUUUCAUGCCUUACCAAGGUAACCGGUUUCAUAAAUGUUACAAAUGCCCCCCUGGGAACACUACAUUGCAAGUAGGAACAGCAAAUGAAAAUGACUGUGUCGAUAUAUGUACUUCAGGAGAAUAUUUUAAUAUUACCCAAGGUGUGUGUGUGUCAUGCCCAAAUGACACCUACCAAGAUGAAAUAAAAGAUAGCAAUAUGAGAAGUUGUAAACUGUGUCCACCAAACAGUGUGACAUUGUCAGUAGGGGCUAAAUCCCUCUCUGACUGCCUUGGCCCUUGCUCCGCAGGGCAAUAUUUAGAUACAACAUCCCGCAGCUGUAGACCAUGUCCAGUAAACAAGUACAAUGAUGAAAGCAAUCAAACAUGCUUUUGGUGUAAACAGUGUCCAGAACAUAAAAUCACAAAGCACAAAGGUUCAACUAACAUAUCUCAGUGUAUUUAUACAUGCAGCAAAGGAGAAUUUUUCAACAUUACAAACACCAACUGUGAGAUGUGUCCAAAUAAUACCUAUCAAGACACUGAAGGACAAAGUUCAUGUAAGCCUUGUGGUGGAAAUACAUUUACAUUGAAAACUGGUUCAAAAACUUGCAUCAGCCCGUGCAGUUUUGGUAAAUUCCUCAACAAGGUGGUUGAAUUGUGUCAAGCCUGUCCGGUUGGGCAUUUCCAAAACAAGAGUAAUUAUGUUGCGACCAAGUGCAUGCCUUGUCCAAUGGAUUAUUACACAGGUAGACUGGGUAGUCAGAAUUGCACGAAAUGCUCAAAUGAUGGAAUUACAAUUGUGACUGGUGCAACAGCUAGGUCUGAGUGCAUUGGACGAUGCGAGCCUGGCUAUUUUUUAAACAAAACACAAAGAGAAUGUCAAAAAUGUUUGAAAGGGUUCUUCCAGGCUCAAAAGAAGUAUAGAUACGAGUCAUGUAUAAAAUGUGCAAGUGCAAAUGAGACAACACUUGAAUCUGGUGCAAAAUCAGAAGAGGAAUGUGUUGGUUAUUGUGCCUCAUCUCCCUGCCUUAAUGGAGCUGGGUGUUUGAACAUUGCCAAUGAUUUUAACUGCACUUGUCCAAAGUAUCUCACAGGAAAACUAUGCCAGGAUGUUGUUGAUAGCGUAAAUGCAGACAAAAUGGAUAUAUCAAUGAGAUUCACCAACCUAAUUUGGAACGACAAUCUCAGUAAUCCAGAGAGCAAAGACUUUAUGGAACAAACUCGUCAGAUUGAGAGUGCAGUACGUGGAGUUCUAAAGAGUGAUGCAACGUUUCGUACUGUCAAAGUGGAAAAAUUUUCUCGAGGAAGUGUUGUUAGUAAUCUAAAAAUAAAUUAUGUGGCUGGCACAGUCUUCACUACCCCAAUAGACACCCUGAUGAAGGCUGCAGCUGAUGGUGAAAUUGGUAACCUUACAGUAGACAACUCAUCAUUAGACAUUGUUAAUUAUACAUGUGGCACACCUCUUGGGAUGGAAAACCAUCGCAUUCCUGACAGUGCCCUUAGUUCAGCAAACCCAGAUAAUUAUCAUCCAUUUACAAAUGCUCGUUUAAACCAUAAUGGACCUGGUUGGACUCCGCGAGUUAAUCGUAUUGAAGAUGCAUAUCUACAGGUUGAUUUCGGGGAAGUUGUUCAGCUAACAGGCAUCGCUACACAAGGCUCUUCUUAUAGUGGUGGUAACUGGUUAAAAUCCUAUCAAUUUAAUUAUAGCAUUGACAGCAGACAGUGGGCAGAAUAUAAAGGCGAUACAAAUAAUUUGGCAAAGGUGUUUGGAGCAAACUCAGAUGUUAAUACUGUUGUGCGUAACAAACUAAAAUAUCCAGUGAAAACAAGAUAUGUUAGAGUUAUAAAAUAUGUCACAUCACGCUAUUUAAGUUUUCGUUGUGAGUUCUAUGGCUGCCCUAUACCAAAUGAUGGAAUAUUACCAACACUUGUGCCUCCACGCACUGAUGUCCCUACCAAUAAACCCAGUUCAACAGGUAUGACAAGACAGACAAGCACUGAUCUUCCUACCAAUAAAUCCAGUACAACAGGUAAUGAUCAAGAUGACGAUAAUGAUGAUGGGGAUAACACUGGUUUGAUUGUUGGCCUUGUUCUUGGUAUCUCAGCUGUGUUUAUAGUUAUAAUCAUUGUGGUUUGGCAAGUAAAAAAGAAUAAAAGAUCUCAUGAAUUUGGUCGCGUUGAAGGUGUGCCAAUGAAGGAAACAGGGUCUUGAAUUGCUCUUCUCAUAAUUAAAACACUAUGAGGUCAGUGCUUCCAUGUAUAAUUCUAAAUUCUUACAUUUAUUUGGUUGUUGAUGUUAAUUCUAAAGUUGUAGCAUACAAACAUUUGCUCAUGCAGUAAUAAUAGUAAAAAGUAACAUUGAAUUACAAAAGGCUUUGAUAUUAAUAUUGUUGUUAAAGUUAAAUAGACUAGGUUUAGGUAUAAAAGCAAUGUUUUAUUGUUUAAGUUUUAAACCUGGAUGUUUAUAGUAUCAGAUGUUAAUUAGCUGGUGGUAGUAAACUAAUGUAAUAACUAGUGUUUUUUCGUUCCUAAAGUGUUUUGAUACCUAUUAUUUUUGCUGUUCAUUGUUUAUUUAUUUCCAAUGAUGACUUCGUCUUGAGAACUCUCACUAGUGUUUGUGUUUGUCUUUCUACAGCAUGUUAUUGUACGUCAUACUAUCAUUAAACUGUGUUGAUUAACUGUGGUCGAUCAUACCAUCAUUAAACUGUGUCGAUCAUACCAUCAUUAAACUGCAUCGAUCAUACCAUCAUUAAUCCAAUCUCCUUGGGCAUAGUAGGACCAUCAUUAUAAUUAUUCUGUUUAUGAUUUGUCCUAAGAAUGUAACAUAAAAUCAUUUUUCCUUGAUCAAUAUGUGGUAUAUGCCAGUCCCCACACCAGUGUUUCUCCUCCAAUAGGUAAUCUUCUGGGCCAGUUGUAUAAAACCCUUUUUAAAACUACAUUUUGCAUAGUUAAAUCCUAGUUGACUCAGAAAUACACAACU